AACAUCAGUAGAAGAACAGAAUUAUGUGUGCCACUGUCAGUGUCGACUAGACAACCUCGAGUGUGUAGUGGUCGCCGACAAAGAAUAUCCCAGCCGGGUGGCUUUCGGCCUUAUUGCACAGAUCAUGGACGACUUCAGCAAACAGUACCCUAAGAGUGUCUGGGUCAGUGCAAAGCCAGCUG